AUGAAAAGCUUUGAAUUACUGUCUUUAAUUUUCAUUGUCAUUGUUGCCUCUACUGAGCGACAACAAUUUUGCAGAGUCAAUGCCUCGCCGGAGGCGAUCCUCGACACCAAUGGAAAGAAGCUCCGAGGUGGCGAUCACUACUACAUCCUCCCAUUUUUCAGCAGAAACACCGGCGGAUUAGCCCUUGGAAAUAUCCAACGAGAAUACAGUAAUGAAUGUCCACUCAACGUCGUCCCAGAACCUUACGAAUAUUUCAAUGGUCUUCCAACGACGUUUUCGCCUGUAAACCCUAAAAAGGGUGUCAUUCGAGUUUCCACAGAUCUGAACAUCCAAUUCGAAAGGAAUACGAUGUGCGCCAAAUCGACGGUGUGGAAAAUAAGUAAAUUCGAGCAACAAUAUUUAGUGACAAUCGGCGGAACGAAAGGAGAUCCAGGGCCGGAGACGAUGGAGAAUUGGUUCAAAAUUGAAAAGUACAAUAACAAUAAUAUAUACAAGUUUGUGUAUUGUCCAACGGUGUGUAAGUAUUGCAAAGUUAUGUGUAAAGAUGUGGGGAUUUUUGUCAAGAAUGGAAGGAUGGCUCUUGCUUUGAGCGAUGCCCCAUUUCCUGUUAUGUUCAAGAAAGUUUAUAAAUGAAAAGCCGAAGAUCAGAAAAUAAAUUAUUAAAUAAGAGGUUGAUUGAUUUUUAGAACUUUUUCCUUCA